UCAAAGUAUUUGGGACAAAAUGUUUACUCUCAGGGUUUUCCUGGAGGGAGAGGAGAAGCCGCGCUGCGAUGGCGAGGAGGAGAUCGAGCAGCGCGUAGCAAUCUUUCGAGGCGCUGUGCAUCUCUUUCGCGAUGUUUUCGAGAGACCUGGCAUUUCCUUUGGCAGCCUGCCGUUCGUGUGGCAGGACGAGCGCAGCGAGAAUCUGUGCGUCCUUGGCGUCCCCAGCGCGAUCGAGCCCGCUGAAUUCUUCCAGAUUGCGAGCUCUUUCUCGGACAAGAUCGAAAAACUCCAAUGCAUCAGGAAUGAUACAAGCCAGACUAUGGUGCUCCAAUUCGACUCUCAAAGCUCCGCUGAUGCGUUCUACCAUUCUUUCGAUGUGGAUCUUCUUCCAUUGAAGAAUGCCAUUUGCCACGUACUAUACACAACGGAUGUCUACUUCACGAAUUCCUUACAAGACGCAUGCGAAGCUCCUCCUGGAUUGACAGAAAUCCCGACUUGCACAUUUUGUCUCCAGCGGCUUGACGAGCACAUAAGCGGCGUUCCUGCGAGAAAAGUUGACUCUUUUGAUCCGCGAAACUCCUCUUGCUUAGUCUGCUGGUACAGUCUUCAAUCGGAGAAUACGACGUGCUCCGUUUGUCCCACGAGUGAGAACCUUUGGGUCUGUGUGAUAUGCGGUUUCGUAGGCUGCGGAAGGUACAAGGAAGGCCACGCUAUAAGGCACUGGAAGGAGACCAGGCACUGCUGUUCGCUAGAGCUCGAGAGCCAGAGAGUGUGGGACUACGUGGGGGACAACUACGUACACCGCUUUAUCCUGUCUAAAACAGAUGGAAACUUGAUGGAGCUAAUGGCUCCCUCGAGCGAUGAAUGCAGCGGCUGUGAGUGUAGCGGUGGUUCUGACGCGUUUGAACGUUCGUGCGACACCAAGCUCGACAGUCUAAAGAAGGAAUACGAAAUCCUCCAGGCCAAACAGUUGGAAAGCCAGAGCAAAUACUAUGAGGGACGACUCGUCCAGAUUGUGGAGGAGCAAGAAUAUGAAAUAGCCUCCGCGAUUGAGAGGCAAGCGUCGGCUCGGCUGCACAAGCUCCAGCUGAGGCUGGAUAAAGCGGAAAAGGAGAAGAACUUCCUUACUCAGCUGAACCAGUGCCUCGCUGAUAACCAAAAGAAAUGGGAGAACAAGUGCCAUGACUUGGAGGAAAGGGGAUCGGCAACAUUGAAACUUAAGGAUCAAAGAAUUGCAGAGCUUGAGGAACAGAUGCAAAGCCUGAUAAAGCAAUUGGAGUAGCAUGCUUUGUUAAUCAAUGUAUAAACGUUCCAAGGAUUAAGAUAAUAGUAGAUUCGUGCUAUUAUCUUUAAACAUGACCUAGACUAAGUUUAUCUACAAAAA